AGGAUCUUAACAUCUACUAUAGUGUUGGCGACCCCAAUGAAUUGCAUGUGCGGACGAACCGACUAACUGUUCCAGUCUGGUGAUAUCGCAUGGGUUAUUGUCUCGACCGCUCUCGUCUUGUUGAUGAUUCCUGGAGUCGGUUUCUUCUAUUCUGGUCUCGCGCGUCGGAAGUCGGCACUCUCGUUACUAUGGCUAUCGUUGAUGUCUGUCGGAAUAGUCUCCUUUCAGUGGUUCUUUUGGGGCUACUCUCUCGCCUUCUCUCACACGGCCGGAAAAUACAUUGGUAACCUGGACAACUUCGGGUUCAAAGGCGUCCUUGCGGCACCGUCCGUUGGCAGUGAUAAGGUCCCGGAUCUUCUAUUUGCUGUUUUCCAGGGCAUGUUCGCCUGCAUUACAGUUGCACUCGCGGUUGGUGCUGUCGCAGAGCGGGGCCGCAUGCUUCCCUGCAUGGUUUUCAGCUUUGUCUGGACUACCAUCAUUUACGAUCCUAUCGCAUGCUGGACCUGGAAUUCGAGCGGGUGGGUAGCAAACCUUGGUGGCCUUGACUAUGCAGGUGGCACGCCUGUUCACAUCGCAUCUGGUUGCACAGCAUUGGCAUAUUCUUUGAUGCUUGGGAAGCGUCGCGGACACGGCACUCAUGAGCUCAACUACCGCCCUCACAACGUAACACAUGUGGUCAUUGGUACCGUAUUCCUUUGGGUCGGAUGGUUUGGUUUCAACGCCGGCUCUGCGCUGAGCGCCAACCUGCGCGCAGUUAUGGCGGCAGUGGUGACCAAUAUCGCCGCGGCUGUGGGUGGUGUUACCUGGUGCAUUCUGGACUACCGAUUGGAGAGGAAGUGGUCCACGGUUGGUUUCUGCUCCGGCGUGAUUGCUGGUCUCGUUGCCAUUACCCCUGCAUCGGGCUUUGUCACUCCCUGGGCUUCAUUCAUCUUCGGUGUUGUUGGUGCGAUCGCUUGCAAUUAUGCAACGAAACUCAAGUAUGUGGUCAGGGUUGAUGACGCCCUUGAUAUAUUUGCUGUCCAUGGUAUCGGAGGGCUCGUGGGCAAUCUUCUGACCGGACUGUUCGCUGCCAACUACAUCGCUCACCUUGACGGCUCUACCAAUAUCGAUGGUGGCUGGAUCAACCACAACUAUAUCCAGCUGGCUUACCAGCUCGCCGACUCCGUCUCCGGAAUGGCUUACUCUUUCUUCGGAAGUUGCAUCAUCCUUUUCAUCAUCAACCUAAUCCCUGGCCUCAGCCUGCGUGCCACCGAAGAGGACGAGAUCAUGGGCAUUGACGACGCCGAGAUUGGCGAAUUUGCUUAUGACUACGUCGAGAUAACCCGCGACGUGAUCAGCCCGGCCAAUAGCGAGAUCGGCGAAGCCGCUUCGAAGCGCAGUCUGACUCCAACUGGCCAUGAGACAACUGUAGAGGCCAAGGCUUAGCCGAGGAGUUGUCUAUGAUUCGACCUUCAUAUCCAUGUUUUACCCUUUCUCUUAAUUAUCGUUCCAGGCUGACGGUACUUUUUAAUACUGGAGAACCAGCGGCGAUAAGUUUGUAUAUACAUUUAGUAAACCUCAUCAUUCCUUACAAUUUUUUUUUGUAUUUUUUUUUGUUUAUUCCACCGAUUCCUCACUUAAUCAUGGAAAAAGAAGUACAUGUCUUUCUGGCCUUGUUUCUUCUACUUCUCCAUUCAGUUUCUUGUCAUUUCAUUUCAGAUACCCUUCUCUCCCUCCUAUUUUACUUUAAUUUCAUUACUUUUACAUUCCUUCGGCAUACCAUUAUUCCUCACAACCAAAUCCAACUUGCAUAUCAAUUUUAAAAGAAAUAAUACAAAACAACCACAAAACCCCAUGGAAACCCAUAA